GUUUCACCUGCAGUCCGGACUCUCGGUCACUGGGUGGUGAUGAUGAACACAUUUUGCCAUCAGUCAAAUAAAGAGGAAGAAGCUGCUCUCUUGCAAACGCUUCCACCUCGGAAGAUCUGCGACAGCGUCACUGAGUGGAGAAAUAAGUGAAGAUACCAAUGACACUCCACAGUGUGAGAUGAUGGACUCUGAGGUGUCUGUGCUGCUGCACUGUGCGGCCUGGAGUGGGCUGCUGGAGUCUCAAGUACAAGUGGAGCUCUCUGAAAGCUUUAACAGAAAGACAGAUCCAGCUCUGGAGCGUCAAAUAGAGGAGGUGUGGACAGAGCGGGUGUCCAAGGAGCCGUGGCUUUUCAAUGGGUCCAAAUUCAGACUGCACUCUUUCUGCUUGGCAUCAUCAUCCUCUGUUUCUCCCAAACACCCAUCCUGCACUCGUUCACUCGUAGACCGUGCAGAGGAUCAAAAAGUGGAGUGUACCAGUGAUUUUGCUGCUCAAAACAGUUGUCACAUUCCUGUGGAUCAGGCAGAAAAUACAGAUCAUCAAGAGGCUGCACCGCUCCUCACUCUGAGACUAGGCCUGACAUGCUACAAGGACUACCUGGGAACAAACUGGUCGUGUCAAGUGACGGAGCUCCGUCAGCUUGGAGAGGUCGAGUUCAAUGAUCCUCUGGCACUGCUGGCUCAGCCGCUGGGUGUGGGUGGCGUUGUGUGUACAGAUGACAGUAAGGUAGUGUUCAUCAGGAGGAGCCAGAAGGUGGCAGAGGCAGGGGGGCUCCUGGACAUCCCCGGAGGUCACCCAGAGCCAAAGGUAGUGUGUGAACGUCUGGGCCGGGAGGUGUGUGAGGAGCAGAUCAGGGUGGACAUGAUGCAACAGAGGCCUGUCGUCUCAGAGCUGUUCUCGUCCGUGUGCGCUGAGAUCAGGGACGAGGUGAAUAUUCCUCUGAGCUCCCUCGGACAACCUGUCCUCAUGGGUGUCGCUCUGAAUCACACCAGCGCUGGCAGACCGAGUGCUGAGUUCUACGUCAGUUGUUCGUUGAUGUCUGAUGAAGUCAGAAAGUUGUACUGGAAAGGAGGAGCAGAGGCCAAUGAAUCCACAGAUAUCGUCUUCCUCAGCACAGCAGAGGUGUUGCAGUUGGACAGAAGCAGCCCUCUGUGGUCGGAGCUGUGUCCUUCAGCUAAAGGAGCCGUGCUGCUUUAUCAGGCAGUGAAGCCUGACGGACAGCGAUGUCAGAAAAGACCACAUGACACUCAGCUGAUCGUAUCAGAGGACGGAUGACAGAUGAUCACAUACAUACAUACAUACAUAC